AUGGUGUUACCGAUAGUAGUAGGAUUAGGAGCAACAAUAAUAGCAUUAACAACAAAAGCAACAAUAUCCGCAUAUAGACAGUUUCUUCAUCUAACACCAACAAUGAUAGCAACAUUAAAUAAUAUUAAACUUAUAAAUUAUAGUGAUGGGAAUUUUACAAGUAUGAAUAAAUCUGAUCCAAGAUAUGAGCAUUAUCGAUAUUUAAGAAAUAAAUAUCCAAAUAGACCAUUUAAUGAUCCUAUGACUGAACAAGAAGCAUUAUUAAUUCUAGGAAUUGAAGGUGAUGAUAUUUUAAAUGUUGAUAAAAAAAUGAUUAGGGAUCGAUAUAGGAGAUUAAUGAUUUUAAAUCAUCCUGAUAAAAAUGGAAGUCAAUAUUUAAGUCAAAGAAUUAAUCAAGCUAAAGAUAUUCUUGAUAAAAGUUAUAUGGUUAAUAAAUAA